AUGCCGGACACACGUUGUCCUCGCCUCCAGCUCAGUUCCGCGAUCUUGUAUUCCAUCUUCAAUCCCAGAAGGAUCAGAAGACAGUACCAGUACCGCCUAAGAAUCAACGUCGAGUCAGAGGAUGUGCAGACUGUUGCCCCCGCUCACUUCACCACUAUAUCCACGCUGUACCAAGCAACUUGGAAAUCGACUUUGGUUGUUUCCGCUUCCUCUAAAGUGGAGUUCCAAUCACGGGAUGAGGUGACAGACUUGCCCCUUCUCAUGAGCGUUGAUCAAGGCGUCAGUGUGGCCAAAAUUACAGUGCUGACACCGCGCACCAACACUAGGCAAUUCAGCCAAAAACUCUGUGAACGACUCCUGUAG